UCUUCUUGUUCUUCUUGGAUAUAACCUGUGGUAGUUUGCAAGUAUGUUGCACAUUGAGCUGCCUGAACCCAUAUGACUGUGACUCUGUAGACAGGUGACAGAUUUGACUGCUGAGAACGAUAGCAACUGCCUGCUUUUGACAACGGUGGCAACCGCCAGUUCUCAUCGAUGCUCUCUGGUUCUCUUGUCAACUCCAUUGCUGACGACUGAUGUUGACAUUAACACUCAGAAUCUAUUGGACUUGAAUGGCCCAAUUCUCUGCUUGUCUGGGCUGAUGUGAACGUUUAAUGAAGGAGAGUAAAGAAGAGAACAAUCUUAUAAGCUAAAAUAAGAUGAGCGAAAGAGAGAGACGGAUUAGAGCUAACGGAAAGAAAUUGUGGAAAUAAAAGCCUCCAUUGGAUUUCGGUAGAAGAAAGGAGUUUAAUGACGAAAAUCUUUUGGAAAUCAAAGAACUGGAACUUUAGAAAUUGUGACCUUCCCUCAGAUAAGACAAGACCAUUAAAUGACUUAAUUCGACAUGAUUUCAAACCUGGGCUGAGCUUAUCUUGUGCAGCUGCUGAAAUGAAGAUUUGUGUCUGACUGGUUUCAGCUUGGGUUUGGGGUUUUGGGGUUGUUUUUGUCUCCUUAUCUCUCUGUGGAUGUUUUGAAAGAAAGCAACCAGCGAGCAUGGUAAAGAGACAAAUAAGGAAUGAGAGUGAAGAAGAACAAAGGGGAAGAAGAGAGAGAGAGAGAGAGAGAGAAAAAAAACUCCCCGAAUAUAUACAUAUGUAUAUAUAGAUAUAUAUAUAUAUGUAUAUACAUAUGCAAAAAUUGGGAGGAAAACAGCAUUUACCAAGCAAGCAAGCUGGCUAUUGAUGGCAAAUGAUGUUGAAGUAGCGGCAUUCACUGCAGACCAGGUGAUGUUGAUGCUGGUUUUACUGAACAUACAAACGCUACUUCUAUUGCAACAACACCACGGGCCAUUCGCAAUGGGACUAUCCGGAGCAGCCAACCAAAGAAGAGUUGAACGGAAUGUCGGAAUCCAUGCAGCAGUCGUUGACGUUAGCCCUGUCAAGUACACCACCACCACCUCCACCAACGCCACCACCAACUCCAUCACCAUCAGUGCCGUCAUCAUCAUCGUCGUCCAUGUCAUCAUCAACAUCAUCAUCAUCAUCAGCAGCAACAACGACAACAACAGUGACCUCCCCUGUACAUGAAUCUACCAAGACAGCUUCUCCAGUUAGGUCAACGUCAUCAGAAGAGAAAAUAAACUAUGGCCAGGAAUCUGGAGAAAUGACUAAAUGUUCUGACAAUUUCAAAAAGGAGAAGAAGAAUCGAAAGUUGGACAAAAUUGCCUCAAAAAGUUCCAAAACUGGAAACACAUUGGACAAAUCCCACUUAGAACAUUUACACCUGAGCAGUUCCAAAGACUUUGAUUCUGAAUUGUGUGUCUACCCAGGAGAGCCACCGCCUCCUGGUACUGAAGUGAGCAAACAACACUCUCUUCAGCAUUUGGAGGAAGUGAAACUGUCUAAAUCUGGAGAAGAAGACUUAGAAGAAGUGAUGAAACUUGCUGCUGUGUUGGCUCCGACAGGAACAUCUUUGGCGAGCUCCACAGCAUCAUCCGAGUUAGCAAGUCUGGAGUCUUCUGAGCGCACUUCAACUUUGGACGUCAACGAUGACAUGGAACUCGAUCCGGAUGAACAUCUUCCUUCGUCUGUCCAUCCUCUGCCAAUGCACAGCAGCAGCAGCAAAAGUGCUGCCCUCUCUUCUAACUCAAACAGCAAUGGACACCACCUCUUCCCACUUGUGGAUGCAGCAAAUUGCGAAAACAACUCGGCUGUAAUAUCGAAACCCCCCCAAUAUAAGACUCGUCCAACUGUCCCCUCAGACCCUGUUGGUGGGACCCUUCCCACGUCAAACUCUGAUGCUUCUACAGUCUAUUCUAGCAAAACCAAUCCUGCUGCAAAUUCUUCAAUGGAAUGCUUUUCCUUGUCAAAGUCUUCAGCUAAAGUCUCAUCUGUGGACUCUGCCAAUGCAUCAAACAGCCCCGUUUCUCACGAAACAAAUGAUGCUGUUGACACUGUCAAACCACAGCCAAAAGAGAAAAAACGCAAAAAAGAUAAGGUUAUUACAAGUACAAAUUUAACGCUUAAAAAGAAAAAUGUGUCGUCCUUGGUACAAAAAUGGCAAAAAGUGAAGAAAGAAGUUGAGAAAGAAGAUGAAUUGGCUCGGCACGAGUUUUCAGAUGAUGACUGAUGCCAUCUCUGUUGACUGUUACUUCAUUGUUGAUUCCACAAUUUGUUUCCUUUUGGUGUACAAAAAGAAGCUGAUUUGAACUCGCACCGUUGCUACAAAUAUUUACAUUUUGUUGUUCACUUUCAACUUGGGAGUUAAAAAAAAACUUUCUAACACCAAACACAGAAUGUAACAGCCUGUGGUUAUAGGACGAGGAGGAGAGAUCUUUUUGUUCUUUGCGAAUGAGUGUAGAUUGACAUUUGCUUGGAAUGGAGAGAGCGAGGAAUGGAUGUGUUAUGUGAAAGGGAAGAAUGUGUAGAUGUCCCUGUGUUUGUAUGUAUGAAUGUGAGUGGUAUACUGUUAUCUCUACAAGAGUUUAUUAUUAUCAAUGUUUAGUGUUGAUAAUAAAUUCUAUAAAAAACUGUGUGUGCCUAUCGUAUUCUAAAGGAAUAAAAGUUCUCCAAUUUCAAAA